CUGAGGUUGCAGCAGAACCAACAACUGAAAUCUACAAAAUGAUGAAGAUUUGCGUGAUCAUCUCCGCGCUGAUGGCUGUUAUUGCUGCAAAGCCCUCGGUAGCAGUUAGCGCGCCCUUAAUCGCGGCAGCACCAGCACCUAUUGUCGCGGCUCCAGCGCCAGUAGUCACAGCCACCAGCUCACAAUAUUACCACCGCAUCAACAAUGGCCUCGCCUACGUAGCUGCCCCAUACGUAGCUGCUGCACCAUAUGUAGCCGCUGCUCCAUAUGCAGCAGCUGCCCCUUACGUUGCCGCCUCUCCCUAUGUGGCCGCAGCCGCCCCUUAUGUUGCUGCUCCCGCUGCUCGUAUUGUUGCCAUUUGAAGAUGUGAUAUUAUGAAUAAGGGCUUUUCUCCAAAGCCGCAAUUUUCAGUGUCCAUACCACUAAACUUCACUUAUUUAUCCAAACAAAAAUCUACAAAAAAAAGAGUAUAUAUAGGUCGAAAGCUAACUGGAGAGCACAAAAUUUUCCCAAUAAACCUUUCGGAGGUAAUAUAAAUAGGUAAGAGGGAAAAUAUCCGAUAGGUCUAAAACCUGACAAUGGUGGCGUGUCCCGAAUGCAGAAUCCCACACAAAGUGUCAUUUUUCUCAAAAUUGAAACCGUAUAUCAAUAUUAGACUUUAGUUCACGUAUAAUAUAUUAGAUGACAGUACUUUUAAUCUGAAUUUCACAAUAAACAGAAAUGAAGCAUUUUAUAAGCUUCGGAAUACGUUCCUAUUGUUCAUCCAUCACGCCUCUGCGGUUGGAAAGAAUAGGUGGACGAUUUGUUGCCGAUUUUAGGACUUUUUGCGUGUAAAUACGUAACUCGGUGGAUUUGGUCCAGGUAGAUUUUUGAAUUCGGUGUAUGUGAUAUUUCAUAAAGUAAAUUUAUGGUUGUAUGUAGUAUUUUUUACACUAUGUGUUGUAACGACUAAAAUAUAAUAACAAUUUAUAGGUUUUACAUGUAUUGUCGUUUACGAGUAACAUCAAAAAUAUGUAUAUUUUCUGAAUCCCGUGGCCUUGGAUUCGGUGGAUUUUAUGCCAUCGAACUCAAAAAAGCUUCCUGCCAUCGAAGCCAUAUUUUUUUUGGAAAGCAAGAUUUUAUACGUUUUAUCAUAUAAACGUUUAAUGAAUACUGUUGAUUUUCACAAUUUUAUAUUACUACUUGAUUCCCACUGAAAAUUAAUAAGGAAUAUCAAAACAGAAACCAAAAAUUGGAAAUUAAAAAGAUAAAGGAACAUGCUAGAAAAGCAAAGAUAAAAAGCGAUAACAUUAUAUAUGAAAGGUUUAAAGAAAAAGUUAGACAGAGGUAUACGAAGAAAAAGCGGAAGGAGAGAUUUUAAAACUGCAUGAAUUACCUCGUCAUGUACAAAAAGUAAUGAAAGAUAUUAAUCGCGCAAGUUUCCAAAAAAUUAUUGCUUUUGUAGUUACAGACUAAGUUGUAAUUUUUUUAUUAAAAAAAGACGCACGGAAAUACUUUGUGUGAUUGAAAAAAGGCUGAACGGCCAAACUGUAAACUGAUUUUAAUUAA